UCGGGAAGGGCGGGGUAUAAAUAAAAAAUUAUUAUUAUUACGGCACUCUCUGUUGCUAAACCCGUAUUUUCUUCACCUAGCACGUAAACGGUAGAAUCUGCUCCCACAAGAGACGGUGACGGCCAUCAUAUUGGAUGGCUUUGAAAGAGGAUUCAAAUUCAUGGAGGAUUGUAAAGCUAUCAGUGGCUACUAGUCAUGAAGGCUUUCUGCCUCUGAACAGGGUCUUGUUUGUGGGUUUCCUGAUUUCUCAACUUUUGGGUGCUGGGAGAGACAAUGCCUUUGGUCACCGGACUGGUUCCCUCACGAUUCCUGACCCUCACGGCCCAUUUGGUCAUCGUCAUCACCAUCUUCUGGUCCAGGGAAAACAAUGUCCGCGCAUCCCUGCCUCUCCAGUGCACCCAGGAGGAGUUUGAGAACCAAGACACGGAGAUGGUGGUUGCCCUGUCGGUGACGCUCGGGCUUUUUGCGGUGGAGUUGGCUGGCUUUCUGUCUGGAGUGUCCAUGUUCAACAAUGUGCAGAGCCUCCUUUCUCUGGCUGCCCACUGCAGUGCCUCCAUCUGCCUCUCCUUUUUCGUCUUUGAGCGCUGGGAGAUGGUCACGUACUGGUACAUCAUGGGCUUCUGCAGCGCCUUGCCUGCCGCUGUGGAGAUACUGCUUUUCAUCUCAGUCUUGGGCUUGAAGAAGAAGCCCCUGUGAAGCCCCCUGUCGCCCCAGGAGGAGACGUUUGUUGGGGGCGACUCCAGAUGAGCGAGAAAACCAACUGAGCAGAGCCAAGCUGCGCUGGCACGGGGAAAUAGAGACUGAGCGCAAUUGGGGAGAACAGGUAGGAUGAACGAGCCACCUGUUCGAGGGCUCUGACCCUCUCUGGUAUCACAUUGCCAGCCGCCACCCACAGUUCCAGCAACACAGAUCCGUCUCCUGCGCUGCGUGCUGCCUCCCCCCAGCGGUAAUCGUGGUAACAGCGCCCUGUUGCUGCACAAAGCCACGCGUUUAUUCACACGUGCUUCCGGUCAGGCAUCUGCGGUGCCAAAACGCCUGCUUCAGAAGAAAUGGCGAAGCCCAAGCCUGUAGCCCAAUGGGCCGCCCUGCAAAAGGGACUAAGGGGGCAUAACGGGUGUGUAAAAUUCAUUCAGGACAUUUGAUUGUAGUUAGAGAAUGCUGUAUGAGGAUUUAUUACACUUUUUUACCUGAAUAAAAUAGCAUCCUUCUUAUGAA